CUAUAAAAAAUCUAUAUCGUGAAUCAAUCUUAUUGGUAUGUAAGGGAUAAACUGAUGCUUGAAUCGCUAAAAAAUUUCACGCUACACCGCACAACUAGAUAAAAGAAUCAAGGUGUUCGUCACAGUUGAGCAAAUUUAAUUAUCUUGUGCUCGUGCAUGAGAAUUACACGCUCAACCAACGAAUAUUUGCAUUGUAUUGCAAUAUUGUUUGCCUUUAUGAUAAAUCCGGACAUUUUUAUAAAUGGACGAUAGGCUCUAAUGACUUCACGUAGCUGGAGAAGUUCGAAGAAAACUGCUCUCGAUUAUAUAGAAGAAUAAUCAAGGCCUUUCUACUUCUGAAAAAGAAGUUUUAAUGACAUCUUUGUUGGCGACGAAUUUGAUCAUAUUGAAGAAAAUACCGGUCUAAUUUGCAUAUUAGAAUUGAUAUACAAUUGGCUACCAUGGUUCUCCAACAUUCAAUAAAUACUGGUGAUAGUAAUCUGGAUACAAAGAUCACCGAAUGGUUACUGUGGAACAAGGAUCCAAAAGCAGAAGCUGAGAUAUCUAAAUAUUUAAGUAAUGGAGAUGUUAAAAUAUUAUCAAAGUUAUUUCUUAAGAGACUCGAAUUUGGGACUGCUGGUCUUAGAGGCUGUAUGGGACCAGGCUAUAGCCAGAUGAAUGAUUUAGUUAUCGUGCAGACUGGUCAAGGAUUAACAAAGUAUUUGAUGGAUACAAUAUCUGAUGUAGCAGAUCAAGGUGUCGUAAUAGGAUAUGAUGGCCGUUAUAAUAGCAAGAGGUUUGCAGAAUUAACUACUGCAAUUUUUACAGCCAAUGGCAUUAAAGUCUACUUAUUCCGUAAAGUCUGUCCUACACCAUUUAUACCAUAUUCUAUAUUGAAAUAUAAGUGUGCUGCAGGUAUUAUGGUCACUGCUUCUCACAAUCCAAAGGAUGAUAACGGAUAUAAAGUUUAUUGGCAAAAUGGUGCACAAAUAAUUUCACCACAUGAUAAAAAAAUUCAAAGCUACAUUCUUGAUAAUCUUGAACCACUCAAAUCUUCGUGGGAUAUAAAUAAUAUUUAUAAAAGCUCUCUUAAUAUAGACCCAACAUUCUAUAUUACAGAAUGUUAUUACAAAGAUUUACAGGAUAAGGUUCUGUAUCCUGAGAGUAAUAACAAUACCACAUUGAAAUUUACAUAUACUGCCAUGCAUGGUGUUGGAUAUGAUUAUAUGAAAUCUGCAUUUGAUGCGGCAAACUUUAAGCCAUUUUUAGUAGUCGAGGAACAAAAAUUGCCAGAUCCAGAAUUUCCCACAGUAAAAUACCCAAACCCAGAAGAAGGAAAAAGUGCUCUUGAUCUUAGUAUAAAAUUAGCGAAUAAACAUAGCUCCACUAUUAUACUUGCCAAUGAUCCUGAUGCUGACAGGCUUGCUUGCGCAACAAAGACAAAGAGUGGGGAGUGGCAUGUAUUCUCGGGAAAUGAACUUGGUGCAUUAUUGGGUUGGUGGAUGAUUCACACUUAUCGAGUAUUGAACCCUCAAGCUGAUCUAAGCAACGCAUAUAUGUUAGCAUCAACUGUUUCCAGCAAGAUUUUAGCUUCAAUGGCUAAGAAGGAAGGUUUCAAUUUUGAGGAAACUUUAACAGGCUUUAAAUGGAUGGGUAAUAAAGCUGUAGAAUUAAUGAAAGAAGAAAAGGAUGUACUGUUCGCUUACGAAGAAGCUAUAGGUUUCAUGUGUGGUACCAAGGUAUUAGAUAAGGACGGUAUCAGUGCUGGCGUACGCGUAGCUGAAUUAUCAGCCUAUCUUGAGAUGUUAGGGUUGACCUUAUCUGAUAAAUUACAGGAAAUAUAUACAAAAUACGGCCAUCAUAUUAGUGAAAAUUCCUAUUGGAUAUGUCACGAAUCGAUCACUAUCAAGGCAAUAUUUGAACGACUGAGAAAUUAUUAUGGUAAACCGAAUACAUAUCCAACAGGAAUAUUGGAAGGAAAGUAUAUAAUUACUGGCAUUCGCGACUUAACAACCGGAUAUGACAAUACUAAACUUGACAAUAAAGCUGUUCUGCCUGUAUCGAAGUCUAGCCAAAUGAUUACAUUUACUUUUGAAAAUGGCUUAGUCACUACAUUGAGAACCAGUGGCACAGAACCUAAAAUUAAAUAUUAUAAUGAGUUAUGUGCAUCGCCCGAGGAAACGGACUUAAACAAGUUGAAGAAUAUCCUCAACGAGAUGGUAUCAGCUAUUGUAACAGAAUUCCUUCAGCCCGAAGUUAAUGCUCUUGUUCCACGUGAAAUAUGAAUCUUGAUAAUACUUUCUUCGAAAGUAUCUUCAUAACAAUAGUUUUUCAAAAGAUUUGAAGAUAUAUACUACAUAAUAAUCACGUAGCUGUCGGUGUAUCAUGUAGUCUAUAAUUACAAGUACCGUGCCGUAAUAUGAUUCUAAACAUUCAUGUUGAAUUUAAAAGUAUACCUGAAUAUCAUAUAUUUUUUGUUGUUAAUAUAUAUUUAUGAUAUGAUUUAUGAUAUGUGCUAUAAAAUGGAAGUGAUGGAACAUUUAGUGAUCGUUAAAAUGGCUGUGUACUAUUUUAUCUAUUCAUUAUUAAAACUGACGGAUACUUGGUUUAAGGCUUUGAUAUA